GGACACACCAAAACACAGACACAACAGCCCGGCACACAUACAACCAAGCACGGCUGACUGCUGGAGCUCUGUCGGCGGCUCUCUGGAGAUCUUACCGGCCCUGUUCGGACUGAGAGGAAAGUUACAAAGAAAAGCUGCUGGAGAUAUACCUGCUGCUUCAGGACUGACCACACAGGAAUUCACCUGCACGGAGGCGAUAGUUACACUUAAUUUCUACCUGGAUUAACAUGUAGUGCCCACGUGAAUGUCGGCGAGUGGUGCGUAACAUAAUAAGGAAGAAAAUAGCAAGUAAACUUCUUCACCUAGUAAGUCCUGAAAAUGCGUAUUUACGCGCGUACCAGAGGACAAAACUGAUGUGAUUCUUUUUUUGGAGGAGGGAAAUUGGGAAACAUCUUGGAUGUAUUACCCCUUUCUUUGAGUAAGAGAGAGAGAGAGAGAGAGAGAGAGAGAGAGAGAGAGAGAGUUGGUAUAAAUUUAAAUAAUUAAAGGAAAAGCAGAAAAGAGACAUUAGAGGGUAUGGGUGUUUUUGGGACUGAAAUCCGUUCGUUGGAGUCUGCAGCUGGGAUGCACUGCGCAUCUGCACCGCGACGUUUCUCACCAUGAUACUGAAACAAAGCUGCACCUGACAACCAACACCUGAAGCCAGUCCAUCAGGAUCCACCAUGCCCUCUCUACUGACGAGGAAGCUGAGUCUGUUCCCGGCCCUGACCUUUGUCCUGCUGCUGGUCGCUCCUGUCUGCCUGUCGUCCCCGCAGAGUUCCUGGAUUUCUGCCUGGGGUCCCUCCGGUGAGGUCUCAUCAGGUCGUCUGACUCGAGCCCGGCGGCAGCUGCACUACAGGAACGAGUGGGCCACAUGGAGCGUCUGGUCCGAGUGCUCACGUAGCUGUGGGAGCGGAGCCUCUGUGAGGACACGCACCUGUAUCACCAGGAACCCAGUGGGUGGACCAUGUGCAGGAGAUCCCCGACAAUACAAGAUCUGCAACACCAAGGUGUGUCCACCCAACUCGGAGGACUUCAGAGAGAUGCAGUGUGCUGCCUUCAAUGACCGCCCGCUGGUGGCUGGAACCUCCUUUAAAUGGACGACCUUUCAUGGAGGCUCUAACCCGUGUGAACUGAGCUGCCUGGCCCUGGGUCACAACUUCUACUACAACUUUGGCCGAGUGCUCGACGGCACAGCCUGCGACAAGGAGCCCGGAGCCGUGUGUGUGAACGGACACUGCCUGAGGCCCGGCUGUGACUCCAUCUUGGGUUCGAAGCAGCAGGAGGACGCCUGCAUGGUGUGUGGAGGACAAAACACCACCUGUCUGCACCACAAGAGUGUGUACCAGAGCAACGGGCUGGAAGCAGCCGGACCUUUUGGAUACAACGAAGUGACAAUGAUCCCGGCUGGAGCCACUCACAUCCGAGUCACAGAUAACAGCAGGAGCUAUCUCGCCCUCCAGAACGGUCGCUCUCAGUUUGUCAUUAACGGUAAUUGGAAGAUCAGCAUUCCAGGGGAGUACAACAUAGCCGGGACGAAGCUGCUGUACCGGCGCUCGGCUGACACCUGGGAGAGCUUCGAGGUACCAGGACCGACCCAGGAGGACCUCCAUCUGAUGGUGCUGGCCACGGACAGAAACACAGGGAUCGAGUACGAGUACUGGCUGCCACCAGACCAGUACGCUCUGUACCACAGGAGUCCACUGCGUGAAGCUCACCACACGGCUAACUACCUCCCCUGGGAUCAACCCAUCACUACAACCACCACCACCAACCCCCCUACUACAAUGAGCACCCGACCUCCUCCUGUCACCACCCGACCCCCCUGGUACAUAAGACCUGUGAAGCCUCCACGCAGAGCUCCUCAUCACAGCCGCCAUCCACGCCCCAGCCAGCCCAUCCUGCCCCGCCUGGAGCGCGAGGACAACCACAGAAACCUGCUGCCUCAGCCCGCACCUGGAAAGCAUUGUGGGAAAUGUCCGCGAGUCAAAGGUCGAAGGGAACGUCAGAGGCAGUAUUGCCAGAAGGACUUUGUUUUCCGGGGCAGAGUCAUGGGGAAGCUUUACAGAGGCGAGGAGACGCGUUACGACGUCCAGAUCAUCCACACGUACAGGAACGGCUACCGCCUGGAGCACCGGGAGUUCUUGUGGGUCCCGAACGUGUGUGACUGCCCCCACCUGGAGGAAGGCAGGCAGUACAUUCUGAUGGUGCGUCGUCACAUUAACCACGAGCACACGUUAAACCGCAUCCUGCUGGAGGAGGACAGCUACGUGGUGCCGUACAGACCCAGAGAGGAUGAGCUGCUGCGACCGCUCGAAAGACUCUGCAGCAACAGAGGACGUAAACAGCCUGAGGACCUGAGGGGCUGAGAAACAAACCGUGUGUGUGUGUGUGUGUGUGUGUGUGUGUGUGUGUGUGUGUCAUAGACUGAAGCUCACACUACAGCUACAUUUACUCCCAGUGUUUCUGUUCUGAUGAAUUCCAGUGAGGCACGACUCCAGGAAGAAGACAUCUGGACCAUAGAGAGACGGUUUCAGCCUUAUUUUGAACCAAAAAGACUCGACUCGUAAUUUAAAAAGCCUGAGCAGCUUACUGUACCUUAUAGAGCACUUUAGGUGGAGCUUCUGCUCACCUUUAAACACAUACCAAAGAGAAGAACAUUGACUGAAAUGUCCUUUUUGUUGUUGUUUUUCCCCCCACUGUUGCCAUGUCAUGUUUUGUAUUAGUGUAUUUUCUGUGUGUCUGUGUGUUCAAAGACUAAAAGGAAAAAUCCAUCUCAAAUAGUACAAUAAGGCCCUUUGACCACCUGGCGUUUUUUGCCGAGCAGAAAAGCGCUGGCUGUACACUCGAGAGUCUCUGCAUGAAGCGUUUGUGCUCUGAGAAAGAAAAGCGCUGCACAUCCGUCCUGUCUCUAUGACAACAGUCGCUGUAUGACCAAGACAGCGCAGUUACUUUUCACUGCAUGUUUUAUAUUUAAGAUCGUUUUUUACCCCACCAGACACGGAGCAAAGAGGAUGUGAGUACAAGAUACGAUCCGUAGGACGCUAAAUUACAGGGAAUAUUAUACAUUAUUUAUAUAUACAUGUAUAUAAAAAAAGACGGGGUGGGUGCUGCGCUUUUCAUCCAGGCGUGCUGCUUUCUGCUGCGAACGCUCUCUACCCAUUGAAACCAACUGAAAAAAGACGCUGGCGCUGAGGAAAAAACACGAGGUGGACACGGGGGUUUUAGAUGCACAACUAAGUCGAGUUUCAGGUAUAGCUUGAUCCCGGUAAACAAGCAGAGGUGCGAAUAGAUUUAAUGACUAAAGUAUGUCAGACUCUACUACAGUAGGUGGCGAUUUGCUCCCUUUCAGCAAGCAGCUGUUUGACCUUCUUCCGGUUGAUCUAUUACGUCACAUACACCAAACAAUCGACCAACAUGUUAAUAAGCUGCAAACUGUUUUCCGUCCAUCCAUGAUCUUCAACAUGCUUAAGUCAUUGAGCUGAAAACAUAAACGACAUAAACUGUGUCUCCUUGUAUGUCCAGAAAUGCAUGAUUCUCGCUCUAGCACUCACCAUGCUUUCCCCUCCGUCUUGUUUUCUUCGGCGUAUUUAUGCUGUACGACUUCUGAGUCAAAGCUCGAUGUGAGAGCUGUUGAGCAUGCUCAGAAAGCCUCGGCCAGUUUGGGGUCGAUUAAGGUGUAUACGGAGGUGUAAAUCAACCUCCAAUCACAUUAUGGAGGUGUGUUAGUCUGACUUUGACUCAUCAACUUUUCUCUGACUGCAUGUAAAAGUACUGAUUCUAAAUCAGUACUCGCCACUUGCUGACUGUCGACUGCUACAUAGCUGCCAUUUGACUCUUACUGCCAAUUUCCACAAAGUGCUUUCCCUCAGCGCCACGGUUUUGCUCUGUCGGACAGCGAGCACCCUGUCCCAAUGGAGCCGUUUUUGGAGUGUGAGCGCAGUGUUAAUGUCUAGAAAUAUCCAUGCCAGAUUCAAAUCAAUUCCAGUAAAUUCUAAAAUAAACUUUCAUCACAAAAAAAUCAUAUUUAGAUUGUUUAAAACCUUUUUGGCUCUUCUAUUGUAAUUUCAUGAUGCAGGGUUUUCUACGUCAACGUUAUAAUAAAUAAACAUCUUGAUUACUUCUACACUUUCAGUAAAUAGACCAAAAUAUGUAUAUAAUACGAUCCUUAAACAGCAGCCACACACAUUGAGCCAGGAUUAAGAGGUGGAUUUGUCUUUUUAACUCCAGAUAUAGUAACGACAUAUUGCUCCACAACGUAAUUAUCUUAUCAAAUAAUUAAGCUUAAACCACGACACAUAACUUGUGUGUGUGGGUCACUUAUUUAACAAUUUUCAGUGUCUGUAUUUGUGCUGUUAUUAUUUUUUUAUUGUGUCUUAAAUCUGGUCUGCUUUGUGAUACUUUAUUUGAGAGAGAUCUACAGUAUUUUAUUGUGUGGCACUGAUUAGCUACAUAUAUACUGAACUAUAAAGGUUGUUGUCAAUAAUAAGUUACCUUCUGUGCCUUGUGUUCUGUAUUUGAAAUAUCACAUUUUACUCUCAAACCUCGUGUACGUGUGCCAAAAUAAAGCCUUUGUACAUUUGUGCCUAGA